AACUUUUAGCAGAUGGCGCUAGCAUAGCUUUAACCUGUCAAAGUUGUUUUGAAUUCCUGUGUUUAUUUCGAGCUUUUUUUUUUCAACAAGUUACUACGAUGGACGCUUUAAAACAAACGUAUUUGACAUGGCGGAUAUGUGAACUAAAGGCGGAAUUGAAAAAACGAGGUGCAUCGCUUAAAGGAAAGAAAGCAGAUCUUGUUGAAAGAUUGGAACUGUAUGACCAAAAUUUUAAUUUUGGGAAUACUGCCAUUCCAGAAAACGAUGAUCCUUCAAUGCAAGUUCCUGAUGCCAACACAUAUUGGGAUAUUAAUAGUAAUACUAUGUUGCCACCACUAAAUGAAUUGCAUAUAAGGCAAUACUUUUGCUUUAUUAAUAAAAAACUGGAUGAAGCUAAAACAUUAUAUGAGUCCAGAUACCUCAUCUUUGCGAGAGCUUCAAAUGUAGGUGACGCCACAAUUAUUAAAGGAGUCUGUAAAAAAACCAUGAAAGCUCUACAGUAUGAAGUCCAUGUGAAGUUACACCAAAAUGGAACUCCACAAUAAUCUCACUGUGAAUAUCCUGCAGGAAGUGGUGUUGAGGCAAAGUGCAAGCAUGUUGGUGUACUUUUACAUGGUAUCGCACACAUGGUUAGGGACAAGAUUAUAUUGCUACAUCAACUGCAGACAUUUCAUGUCCCUAAAGGGCCCUUUACGGCAUCUCCAUUAGUAGCUCAUAAGUUACCAAAAAAGAAGCCAGCUAAAAAAUUUACCCCUUACCCAGUUCAAAA